AUGGCUGAGCCGCAGGAGCAGCUACUGCAGCUGCAGAAGGACAACCGAGAUGGCCGCCUGCGGAAGCAGGAGCUGGAAGAGCUGGUGCGUGGGCUGGAAGCCGAGAGCGAGAGCCUCACCGGGCGCCUGGAGGAGCUGCGGGAGCGCGAGCGCAGCCUGCAGCGGAGACGAAGCCAAGCAUCACGAGCUAUUCGAGGGGAGGCAUGCGAGGCGGCACGGGAGCGUGCGGAGCGGGCUCGUGGGCUGCUGGAGGCGGCGGAGCAGCACCGGCAGGACCUGGAGCAAUACAAUCGGAAGCUGCAGGAACAGUGGGAGGAACUGUCCAGCCAGCUUUUCUACUAUGGAGGGGAGCAGCUGAGUCAACAGCGAGCGGAGCAGCAACUAGGAACUCAGCUUGCGGCGCUGCAGAAACAUCUGGAACUGGCGGAGGCCAAAUUCAGCAUGCAGGCAGAGGACCUGCGGCAGGGUGCGCAGCGGACAGAAGAGGCCUGGGCCAGCUUCCAGGAGCAGAGUGGAGUCCUGCAGGAGCUGCAAGGGAAAGUGAUGGAGGCAGCAGCUGCGCUGGAGGCUACGCGCGGUGGCUCGGAACCGUGGAACUCACAGCCUCGUCGGGUGCAAGACUGCGCGGGCUCACUCAUGGAGGAAGUGGCCAGGGCUGACUGCGAAAAGCGACUGUUCGGUGGUACGGGCGCGGGAAGCCUCAGGCUGUGGGCGCUGAGCGCACUGCAAACGCUGCUGCUGCUCCCGCUGGGUUUCCUGGUGCUGCCGCUGAUUUACGUGGUGCUGACGAAGCCUGACGCCGUCGGCCCGGGACUCCAGAGUCUUGGCUCCGACGCGGUCUUCCGCCGGCUGCGCUACACGCUGUCACCUUUACUUGAGCUGCGUGCACGCGGACUGCUGCCUGCCUAGAGUGCAUCAUGUCGGCUUUGGCCGCUUGCACCUCUGUCUCCUUUGUGUUUUCUGGGUGCCUGCUUGUAUGA